AAGACCCGCAUUCUUGGGCUGCAGCAGCUUCGCGCCAGUUCCCUGCACACAACAACUCAAGAUGCCAUUUGUAGAGCUGGACACGAACUUGCCCGCCGACCGUGUGCCCGCGGGCCUGGAGAAGCGGCUCUGCGCGGCCACCGCCUCCAUCCUGGGCAAACCCGCGGAACGGGUGAACGUGACGGUGCGGCCGGGCCUGGCUAUGGCGGUGAACGGCACGUCGGACCCCUGUGCUCAGCUGCUCGUGUCCUCCAUCGGUGUGGUGGGCACUGCGGAGGAGAAUCGCAACCACAGCGCGCGUUUCUUUGAGGUUCUCACCAAGGAACUGAAUCUGGGCCAGGAACGGAUAAUCAUUCGCUUUUAUCCGGUGGAGCCUUGGCAGAUUGGCAAGAUGGGGACCGUGAUGACUUUUUUAUGAUUGGCAUAGAAGUGAUUCGAGGGCAUCUAGAUUUGAUGCAGAGUUUAUAUCUCAUGACCUUUGGAUGCCACAAUGGACAUUUACCUUGUACACCCGAUGGUCAAAGCAUCUGUUAGUACACCACCACAUUGAAGCAGCAUUUACUUGUAUAUACUUCAUGAUAGCUAAUAAAAUUUAUUUUAGUGAA